GUUAUUAAAUACACGGGCACUAUUGACCAACAUUGGACGCCGAGCUACGCCCCACUUAAUAAGAACUCGCUUUGGGCUAAGCGCUUACGUUUGGCCAAGCCGCGCCACACGGAGUCAAGCUUUCUCCUUACGCAUGAUUCUACCUGCCUUAUAGCACUGCCCGAACAAAGCUCUCGCGACCAUAUCCAGGGUCUGUAGCCAUACGACUCGGUAUCCCAAUGACUCCCUCAGGUUCGGUUCCAACCAGACGUAAUGGAAAGCCUCAUUCCUGCGAACCAUGUCGUAUAUCGAAGGUCCGCUGUGACCACAAGAUUCCUGUCUGCGACAGAUGUGUUGCUCGUAAUAAGGAGAGGAGUUGCAUUUACCAUCCUGCUCCAAUGACAAAACCGCGUAACAGCCAGAUAUCUGUGUCUCAUUCACGACGUUCCAUGAGGCGAGCCCGUAGUUCUCCAAGUUUGCAAUUGGCGCCCACGCCGAAUGAUGAACAACUUCCGCAGAGAACCAGCACAUACUCGCCAUCGAGAACAAAAGCUGCUCCUUCCGCUGACGCCGAAUUCUUUGGCUCGACGGCUUUUUCAGCAAUUAUUGACGACGACCGGGAUAUCAUCAAUCGAUAUGUGGAACAGCUUGCCGAUCAGCAGAUACUGUCUAAUGUACACCAAAGAAAAGAGCACACUUCGGAAGAACGAAUCCGUGCAGGCAUGGCCGUGUUGAACUUACUGGUCGACUUUCCAUCCUUCCCAGACUGUAUUCAUAGAUAUCUUAAGCUCUCUUAUACAUGUAUGGUCCCGGAUCCAUUCGUCAAAGCUUGCGUUGCGUCGGUAGAAGAAACCCUUUUCGGCCCUUUCCCAUCCUCUACUCGGUCAAGGGGCAGCCAACUGAGACAACUUGUCAUGCUUCUUUUUGCAAACACUUCCACGCCUUUAGACCUUUUCACGCAUGUUUCAGCCAAGGUCUAUCAUACCUUGUUCACCGGACCUAACAUCAGGUGGGAGAUAAUUGGAUUUGUUCUUGCUACUCUAGGUAUAUCCCUUAAAUACGAUGUCAACAAACGGAACGAGCCGUUAUCAGACACUUCACCUACCGAGGAGCCUACAUUUAUCCAUCGUAUUGCCGAAGCAGUUGACUAUUGUACCUCGGUCUGUUAUAGCUAUAAUUCUGUUAGCCACCAGGCUUUAUGGUUGCUUUAUGGAGGCGCCUGUCUAAAGAACGUGGUUUACGGUGACAUGAAUUUCCAAUUCUGGCGCUGUGUAGGCGACCUCUCGAGUAUGUUCUCCGCCCUUGGGCUUCACCAGGAGAAAACUAAAUGCGAGGAAAUAUAUCCAUAUUACCAAAUCGAGCUGAGGAGGAGGUAUGCCGCCCAACUAUACUCAAUGGACAAAACUAUUAGUACUAUUCUCGGCCGACCGCCAAGAAUCUUGGGCUCACAUUGUGCUAUCCCCAUGCCCGCUGACAUUGACGACGCGGUUUUCCUGCUAGAAAACGACGAACUGGAUGACUCUUUGCGCAAUGUCGAUGCGAACGGUUGGAACUUGGAUCGACAAUUCCGAGGCGCCACGUGGAGACGCAUUAAGCUGAUACUCAGUCAAUUUCGAGAAGAGGUACUCGGGAUAUACCUUGGAACACAACUUACUAGCGAGAACGAGGGACUAGUACACGAUAUAUUGACGAGACAUGAGUUUGUGUGGGACACGGUUCCACAAGAGCUGAAGUAUGACGAACUCACAGGAUCUCAACACAUAACCCCUCCGCAACGAUAUGUCAUGAUGACAACCUACAUGGACCAAAACUACAAUCGCUUCUUAUUGUACCGAAAGCUUGCGAAUGAGACUCAGUGUACGCGAGAACCUCUAUACCAAGUCUCAAGGUCCCUACUUGCCACAAUCCUUCAGGCAAUCUCGCUCUCUGACCAGGUCUAUACCAUGCAGCGAGAUAUGUCCUGGCCCAUUCUCUAUUAUGGAUUACCAGCUGCUAGUAUUCUGGCUGUUGAGUUACUCAAAGACUCAAUUCGUGAACCCAACACCCCGAACACGCAAAUCAACGCAAUUCCUCGCGCCGAGGUCAUACAAAAUCUCGCCGUCUUUGUAUCAAACCUGCGAAGGAGCACGAAUCGUCAAGAAGUCAACCAGGAGUCUUGCAAAUGGGCACACAGAAUCUUGUCCUCGAUUCUGAGCGUGAUUAUCGACCCCAAACAUCGUGAAACAGUCGCGACAGAAACGGCACAAAAUCAGUUCAUGACAAGUUUGCCAGUGUCGCCUAAUUUUGGACUCAAUGAUGAUGCCUUGAAUUUCGACGACUUCCUCAGUCGAAUGGAAGGAGCGGAUUGGACGCGUGAUAUUUCGGACGUCCUAAUCUGACUACUUUGGUGGAAUUGAACCUUGCAGGCCAUGGGGUGGUCGUGGCACUGGAUAAGCGGUGACGAUAGCCUUUCCCAGCAAUACACAUGUGUGAUAAUGGAG